AUGGUCUUCGCCGAGUGUGAGUUUGCAAUUGGCUUUGUUGCUUGUGUGCUUGUCAACGUCCACGUCUUGUGUGGCCGUCCCCAGAUCACCAAGGGAGUCCCCGAAGGGAAGGCAUUUGCCAUUGCGGCCGUGAAAUGUAGUGCUCGCAAUUUGUACUUAUCCAACACCAAUGAAACCACAGAAUUAGAAGAGGGGGUCCCUGCCAAAUGGAGCCGUUGCUUGAAGAAAGAGGUCAUAUCUCGUUGCCCUUGGCGCUCUCGUGCCACCAAGAAGAUGAAGAAGGAGGACAAGAGUGAGAGUGACCAAUGA